AUGGCCGGGGCGCUUCGCAAGAUUUUCGCGACUUUUGCACGUAGCUACCCCAAACCGGUGGCACAGUUCCUGCCGCGUUUGUACUCCAACGUGCCUACGCCCUACGAAAUCGUGGACGCGCAAGAGGAGCGCAAAACCUACCAAGAUGUAAUCGACAAGGUGAAUCGGCAAGUGGCGCAGGCGAAGCAAGGUCGCUUGUUCGCUGUGGUGCAUAUUCAAGGCAAGCAGGUGAAGGUCACAGAGGGGGACGUUUUCGUGGUGGAGGGUUACUGGCCUCCAGGGGCCGGGGACCGCAUUAGUUUGGAUAAGGUGUUGCUGGUAGGCGGACGCGACUUUACUUUAGUCGGGCGGCCGCUGGUACAGCGGGGUUUGGUACGAGUAGAGGCCACAGUGAUCGAAGAGACUUUGUCCCAUACCAAGACCCAUUUUAAGAAAAAGCGGAGGAAACAGUACAUGAGGAUCAACUUUAUGCGGGUGCCGCAGACUAUGUUGCGCGUCAAUAGGAUAGAAAUCGUCGGAGAAGUCAACCACCCGCCGGACGUGACGGGUCUGGAGACGCGCGUUUUUUAAAUCAAUACAAUUUAUUUAUACUAAAAUACACAGCAUUACAAACUGAACACAGUUAUAUCGUGGAUAUAGUUGGUAGUAUAGGUAAAAAAAUUGUAUAAAAGAUUAAAAAAAUUGGUAUACAAAUUCUAAGUCGAAUAGGCGUCACGUUUUGAAAUGCAACAAGUUGAUAAAGGAAA